CGUAUCUCAUCUCUCAGUAUAACGGGAAGCAGAGCGCCCUAGAGCACAUUACGACGGCGCAUUUUCUAUUGUAGGACUUUCCAUGGACUAAACUCCAUCUUUUUUUUUCUUUCCUCUCACAUUCGUGAUACCGCGGGGUUCUUUUAAAAGCUGUCGGAUAACGAAAAGAACGACGAGCUCGUUUAAGGAGACGCGAAAUAAAGUAGUAGCUUAGCCAGGUUUGCUAAUUAGCCGAGUGAACAUGCUAACGCUAAUGAAGCCCUGACAUGUCAGUUUUGUUUUAACACCAAAGCUUACAGUCAUGGAUUUUAAACAUUUCCGGAAAUAUUUUUAGCAACCUGGAAACUUAAUGUUCGGUAAUAUGUUAGUGUUGUAGACUGGCUGUAUAGAAAACUAAUAAAUGUUUGUUAUACAGGAGGUCAGGUAGGUAAAUUCGUUUUAAAAACAAAAACAAACAAACAAAAAUAAAACCUCUUCUUCAAGCACUGGAUUUUCUUUUUCUCGACUGCACAACAACUCAAACGAGGUGUAUAUAGUUGUAGAUUUGUGUAUAUGGAUUUUAUAUAUGAUAUUCUAUAUAUUGAUUUAGCUGCUUAGUUAGAUAAUAGUUUGUAAUUGACGCUAUACGACACAAGCUAAAGAGACUCGGAGUUUAUUUGCCUUUGCUUGCUUGCUCGUUUGUUUGUUUGUUUGUUUAAAGAUGCGCGAUCCGAAUGUGAAUUUUAAUUUCCUCCAGAAGACUUGCACUCUCCUUGUGCUCCUUUGCUGUCUGCACAUUUUUGUCACUGUAGUUUAUUAUGUCAGAUCGCUGGAUUUUAGACAGUCGUUUGUCCAAAACCAGCAACAAACGUCCCAAAUCCACGGGAAACUGGAAGAGCACGCAGCAGUCACAGAAGCAAUCAAAUCAAGCAGCACUUUAACUUACAAAAAAAGCACUGUUACAGAAACCCAGCUGGAAAAAUGCCCUGAUCCGUCUCCUUUGCUCGUGGGUCCGCUCAGAGUCGAGUUUAACGUUCCGGUGAACCUCGAUGAGGUGAGGAAUGUGAAUUCGGUAUUACAAGAGGGAGGACGCUUCAGACCCAAAGAUUGCAUAGCUCUGCAGAAAGUGGCCAUCAUCAUCCCCUUUCGAAAUCGAGACGAGCAUCUGAAGUACUGGCUUCAUUACCUGCACCCGAUCCUGCAGCGGCAGCAGCUCGACUAUGGGGUCUAUAUCAUUAACCAAGUUGGAGAAGAGACGUUUAACCGGGCUAAACUGCUCAAUGUAGGCUUCGCCGAGGCCCUGAAGGAGUACGACUACGAUUGCUUCGUAUUCAGCGAUGUCGACCUCAUCCCCAUGGACGACCGAAACACAUACAAAUGCUUCAGCCAACCAAGACACCUGUCUGUCUCCAUGGACAAAUUUGGCUUCAGGCUUCCAUAUAACCAGUACUUUGGGGGGGUGUCCUCACUGAGCAAGGAACAGUAUCUGAAGAUCAACGGCUUUCCAAAUAACUAUUGGGGCUGGGGAGGCGAGGAUGAUGACAUCUUCAACAGGCUGAGCUCCAAAGGGAUGGUCAUAUCCAGACCCAGCGGUGUCAUCGGAAAAUGCAGGAUGAUACGUCACGACCGGGACAAGCAAAACGACCCGAAUCCCCAAAGGUUUGACCGAAUAUCACACACCAGAGAGACCAUGAACUCAGAUGGAAUCAACUCAUUGUCCUACAAAGUGGUGAAAGUGGAGAAGGACAAGCUGUAUACCAAAAUCACAGUGGAUGUCGGCAAACCAUAGAAUGCUCAUCAUUUACCAGGACGACCUCCUAAAAGGUUUUAAAACUGUCUAUCAGGAAGACCGGAUGCAGUAACCAAAUGUGCCUUGACAAUUUAAGUCGCAAAUAUACAUUAAAAUUUUUUUUUUAAUAAUCUUUAGCUUUUCAAGGAGAAUUCUCUAUUUUUAAAAGACAUUAGUACUUAGAAAUUUAUUUGCCAUCUUUGCACAAGCGAAGGUGAAAAGAAAGGAAGUGGAUGUAUGUAUUAAGAGAUUUUUAAGGUUGGUGGUGUGUGUGUGUGUGUUUGUGUUUCUGGGUCCCCCCCUCCCCACUCUAUAAUGCUCUCACUGAGCUACUAGAGCAUCUCUUGAGCCACAACUUGCCAAGCAAGGCAUUGUGUAAAGAAUGUAAGCUGCAGUGUGUGUUUCUGACCUCUUUUCUAGCUUUGCCUUAAGAUCACCUCUUUGUAUGUUGAAGAUUUAGAGAGGAGUCUGUGCCGGACUUGCUAUCAUUCCAAGUCAUGCAAAGGGUUUAAGCCUUCUUAAAAUCCUUAUUCCACGUUUUGUGGCCUGAAACCAAAAAAAGAAAGACUUGUUUUUCUGAAUGUAUGCUUGGUGCUUUACCCUUUUACUGUAAAGGAAUUGAACUCUCUGAAGUAAGAGGUGUUUAUUUUAAGAAAUAUUCGAAAUAAUAUCUUGAUACUUUUUAUAAUGUAUAUUAAAAAAUGUAAUUUUUCACUCUUUGAAAAUUUCCAUUUGUGUUUACAAAAAAUGCCAUUUAACAAGGAACAGGAGAAACGACAUUACAAGUCAUGAAUGAGAUUUACACUUUAGUAGGAAGUAUGACAAUCCAGAGUACAAGCAAUGUCAGAGGUGCCAGUAUGCAUGACUUCUUUAUCAGGUUCUUGACACCUUACUAUGGUGAUUAUGGGACACUAGCCGUUAAACUAGUUUAACACGUUUAACACGCGUUAAAACUAGCCGUUUCUGGUUUCUCUGUUAUAGCGAUGUUAAUUCAUUGUAAGGGAAAAGCUUGUAAACGAUUGCGGGGAAAAAUGUGUUUCUUGUAGUGGGCACUUUUUCUAGGUGAAUUUAAGCUGUGAUGCUACAAUCCUAGGUCAUGGGGAAAUGCUGAGGUUUUAAUUUUUUUCCUUCCCAAGAUUUUUUUUAUUAGUGAUACUGGCAUGUCUUUGAUACCCAUAAAUGACUUCAGAUAAAAACAGAUAAUGAUAUCCUGUUUGUUGCAUCAACAAUCAUCCUACUCUCAAGUAGUGAUACUACUCUCUCUGUGAUAAGAUACAAAGCAUAUUAUAAUUUAUUACACAGCUAAACAGGAGUUUGCUUUCGGAAAACCCUAUACAAUGUAGUGUAGCUGGUUUGUUUGCAUUUUCAAAUUUUUUAUAUAUAUAUAUUUUUUUUCUUUCCGUGAGCCACAUGCGAGAAAUAAUUAAUAUAUUAUAAUGCCUUUGGUUGUUUUUGGUGAUAACUGCAACAUCACUGGGUUCAUGGAAAAAUAUGUCUACCUUUGGUUUGUGCUUAAUUUGUGUUGAAGCCAUUUUUCAGGGUUUAAAAUGUUCAAUGCCUGAUUUCUCUUUUUUGUUUUUUUCUCUUUUUUCUCUGGACUUCCUUGUAUGGUGAAAUGUUCCAUGGCCCAGCAGGCUAUAAGAAAGCAGUAACACAUUUAUUUGCUGUGAUCUGAGAGGAAAACAAAGCCAUUAUAAUAUCAUAAGUAGCUUAAGAUCUGUUAGUUUGUCAUCAAUAAGAAUUCCGACCCUAGUCUCAGUUCAUUUUCUUCUUGAACCCCAAAACUAGUAGUGUCCUGGGGAUCGGGCCUGAUUUCUCCUCAAUCCCAAAUUGAACACAUGUUCUCUAUAGAUUGGAAUGAUUCUCAUAUCUGUUUUUAUUUCUUUUAUAAACAGCUGAAUCACAAAUUGUGUUUGUGUUUCAUUGCAUAAGCAGAAAUCUCAUUUUAACCUGAUGCUUUUCUAUACCGAGCACUUGAGUGGCUUUUCCAGCUGUUUUUCCAGCUGGGUACAUAAGAAUGUGUCUUGCACUCAGUGGUAUGACUUCUGUAUAUUUUCCCCUCCCAACUUCCCCCAUUCCAGAACUCCCCAAACCCCAGCAACUUCAUCAGCGUUUUCUCUAAAGGUUCUCUCAUGCUUCCUAAACGUUUCUUCCUCCUCAAAUAAUCAGGCAGCAAUCUACAUUUUCUAUCUAUUUGGACAAUGGCAUGUAAUCCAAAAGCCAGCACAUAGUUUUGGGGGUAUUCCAUUUUACAAAAACUGUCUUUCUAAAUACUCUAUGUUUUGUUUAUUAUGCUUGAUUUUGACAUACCAAGAUGCAACAGUCUCUCUUGAUUUCUGAAUGUUCUGCCUUUCAUAUCAUAUUGCUGAAGAUAAUUGCAGUUGAUCUUAAAGAAUUAAACGAAUCUCUGACUGAA